AUGGAUCUUGAAUUAUUACAAGAUCUGUCUAAAUUCGAUUUACCGAUCAAGAUCCGAACAAAAAGCUCAUCAAGAAACAAUAACCUCGAUGGCGAUGUAGACGACGAUGGUCUCAGCUGCAACACACCUACAUCUAAAGAACACAAGAUUCCCUCCGUCGCGGAUUCUCCACCUCCUCCGCCGCGAAAACCUCGUCCACCACCGUCAACACCGUCGGCUACGGCGGCUCUGAUGAUCAGAUCGUGCAAGAGGAAGCUUUUAGUGUCGACUUGUGAGAUUAUCAUGAAUCGGGAAGAGAUUGACCGUUUUUUCUCCUCCGUUUAUAAUGAAUCAUCGACGAGGACGGCGAAACGACGGAGAAGUUAUCCUUAUUGUGCGCGAAGCUGA